AUGAGAUCCUCCGUGUCUUGCGAGAUAUGGACCGCCAGCGCGCCGAAGACCGAACCCGCCGCCGUGAAGCUCAAUCCCGAUUUGCUGCACAGACGCCGCCGCCCGCCACUCCAUCACCGAAACGACCUAGACAAGAGCAAGCGCCUCUCACUCCGCCGCCGACGCAGCCAAGGCGCUCCCCAAAGACCCCGGCCGAUGCGAGAAACCGUUCAACUUCAACGAGACUCUGUCGAAUCCAUACUGCAUCACUACAACGCCACUUUCCGCGUCAAGGAGCAGGCAUCAUCGACAAGAUCCUGGUGCAACGAAGUUCCGGUUGCCCUCCAGGUAGAGGCUGCUAAAUCUUUCUACCAAGCGUUUACCGAGGAACGGACGUUGCCGGUUUCCCACUGCGUCUUCUGCUAUAGGAAGACACCGCCUUGCGAACUCGCCACCAUACAGUGGAGGGAUCGCUUGUCGCCCUCCAUGCUGCAGGCGACCAAGACUGUCCAGAAGUGUGGCGCGUGCCUUCCGUCACACGAGGGCGCCAGAGUUGACGUGUGCCGCGAGUGUCGCGCCGGCUUCGACAGUGGACGGCUGCCCAAAGCCUGCUCGGUCAACAACAUGGCCAUCGGUUGCGAACAUCGGUACCCCGAAGAGCUUGAUGACCUCUCCCCCGUUGAAGAGAGACUCAUUGCCCUGCAUGCACCUUUUGGCUAUAUCACCAAGUUCACGGUCGACAACAAGACCCGUUCGGGAAUCAGCUACCGCAAGCACGUGAAAGGACACAUCGUCGUCUUCCCGAACAAAGUGGAUGAUCUUGUGGCCACGGUUCUUCCUCAUCCCUUACUGCAGGCCAUUGAGAACAUCCACGUCUCUUGGAGCGGUCUGGCAAGCCUGGCUCCGCAGACGUCAGACACCUGCUUCAAGUGCGCAAAUCUCGAGUGGCAGCUGCCCUGGCAUGGCUGCAAAGGAACAACCCGCUCUACGAGGAUAUCGCAAUUAACCAAGCAGAGAUAG